AUGGGCGACCUCGGCGGCGGCAGCCUCGAACUCGUCUCGAUGUCCAACGGUCAGCUCGGCGCGUCCAGCACGCUUCCCGUGGGUCCGCUGCGCCUCAUGUCUUCCGGCAAGGGCGAUCCGCGCAAGAUCGUCGCCGAUUCGAUCGACAGCGUGCGCUGGCUGCGCGAGGAGCAGGGCAAGGUCUUCUACGCCGUAGGCGGCGCCUGGCGAUCCUUCGCGCGGCUGCACAUGGAGCAGGCGGGCUAUCCGCUGCACAUCAUCCACCAGUACGAAAUCUCGGCCGACGAGGCGCGGGCGGUGGCGCGGCUGAUCGCCGUGCAGAGCGCGAAGUCGCUGGAGAAGAUGCCGGGCGUGUCGCGGCGGCGCGUCGACACGCUGCCGCUCGCCUGCCUGGCGCUCGACAAGCUGCUGGUCGCGCUGAAGCCCAGGAGCGUCGUCUUCUCUGCAUUCGGUCUGCGCGAGGGCUUCUACUAUUCGCGUCUCAGCGAGGCGGAACGGAUGUCCCAUCCGCUGAUCGCCUUCGCCGAGGAGCAGGGCGUCGGCUGGCGUCGCUUCGACCUGUCGCCGCAGGAAAUCUUCGACUGGCUGACGCCGGCCUUCGGCGACGAAAGCGCUGGCGAUCGUGUUCUGCGUAUCGCGGCCUGUCACCUGAGCGACAUCUCGUGGGACGACCAUCCCGACUAUCGCGCCGACCAGGCCUAUUUCCGGGUGCUGCAUCUGCCGGCGCCGGGGAUGAGCCACCGCGAGCGGGCGAUCCUCGCGAUGGCGCUGACCUAUCGCUACAAGAGCGACCUCAAGGCGGCGAUGAUCGACGCCGCGUUGCGCCUGACCGACAGCAGGGCGCGCAGCUAUGCCAAGCGUCUCGGCGCCUGCCUGCGGCUCGCCUACAAUCUGAGCGGCGGCGCGCCCGGCCUGUUGCCCCAGCUCCAGCUUCGCCGCACCGACCGCGAGUUGCGGCUGCUGGUUCCGACGGCGCUCAAGAGAAGCCUUGGCGACGUCACGGCCCGGCGCCUCGAGACCGCGGCGCAGGCCUUCGACCUCAAGCCGAUGAUCGUUUCGGCUUAG